AUGAAUGAAUAUAUUCAAGCAUUUAUUAAUGGUAUGAAUUAUGUACCAUAUAAUUGUAAUUUAACUGGUCUUUAUGGUCGUAUAACACGAGGUAUAAAUGAAGAUGAUUUUUCUCGUCUAUCACCAGAUCCUAAUAAACGUCUUUCAUGGGUAUUUGAUCAUGAAACACUUUGUAAUUUACUUGGAAUGUCUCAUUUAGAUAUGUUAAUUAAUUUAGGACAUACUGUUGAAUGGAUUCGUUAUCAAUUAAAUGCGAAUAAAAAAUUUAAAUUAAUUAUUUUUUCUGCUUCAUCCGAUGAAGUUAAAUUAGCAACAUGGGAUAAUAUAUUUGAAUUACUAAUAAAAUCUUAUCCAGAAAUUGAUUCAAAUAUGUGGUUUCGUUAUUCUAAACAAUUAAAGGAGAUGACAUUUCAAGAAAUUGAUCCUGAAGGAAUAAUUAUUAAAAAUUAUUAUUUAGGACCUGAUUCAGAUGAAUAUAUGCAUAUAAAUCGUUUUUUAAGUUUAAAAAAUCACCCAACAUUGUUACAAGUUAGAGCUUUUUUACAUAAUCAAAUUGGUCUUAAUGAAUUAUUUGGAGGAAAUGGACGAACAGUAACACAUGAAGGAGUUUUGUUAGAUAAAGAAUAUUUAACAAAUAAUCGAUUUAUAAAUGAGUUUAAUCAAUAUGCUUUAUUAGAUCUUAAUCCUAUUCUUCCAUAA